AUGAGGAGCAGCUUCGUCAGGUUCGAGAUAGACUUUUACGGCAUGUGGCCCGCCCUGUUGUGUACAGCUACAUUGGACCUCGUUCAACUGACGUCUUACAGUGCCAAACGUAGAGGCAGUCGAUUCAUGAGCGAUGCGAGGAAUAUCGACAAAGAAGUAGAGCAGUUAGAGCUAAAGAAGCGAUACCUUCUCACAAAACGCCUGAUGCUCCAUGGGCAAUACAACGAUUGGUUGAACGACUUGGUACUACACCGUACUGUUAUUCCGUACAGUAGGGCAUGGAAUCGUGCUCUCACUGCUCAGAUGCAUUCUCGCCUACCACGUGAAGUUCGCGACAUGAUCUAUGGUUAUUUGUGGUACUUCGACCCUAAGAGAACGUCACUUCAUGAUGUUGGUACGCGGCGCUUGCGACAGUAUCAUGAUUUUCAGUGUUCUCCCGGCGCCACCGAUGUUAUUCAAAUACACGGUCUUUUGCUGGACCUGGCUCAAAAUCUCUACCGGGGCAACAGCCAUAACAGCACUGAACUAUGCGACAAGUCCGCUCUUCCGCAUCAUAUUUCCCCGGCUCACGUUGGUCUCGAGAUGGCCAAAGAGAUUGGGAUAUCCUUCUAUCACACUGUUAACCUUGCUGGUCUCCUGCAGUGCGGAGCAGAGUCCAUUCGAUCUGUCAUGAACAAAUACUGUUUCGAUCUUGGCCUGCUAACGACAGACCUGAUUAGGACGUUGACUGUUCACUGUAAGAUGGACCGAUAUCGUGCACCGCGACCAUGUUGUAAGCCGGCUAUCACUUGUCAGCAUACCGCUUCGGAGAUAGGUCAUGUCCGCAAAUCGGCGCUUGAGAUGGACUUCGGCGCAUUCUUCGACAUCAAGGAUAAGCAGGAUUUCAAGCUACACAACAUUCUCUACCAACGAAGCAUUCGUAUGGAGGUGCUAGCGGAGGUCAUUGAGGCUCUUGCUAGCGUCGUGCAGCAUCUCAAGCAACACGGUGCUUGCGUCACCGUAUCAUGGAACUACAGGGGACGUUGGGAGAAAUACAACCGUCCGCCUCCUCGUCGAGGUCUGGUGGACCGAGAUAUUACUGACUUCUUCGACUUGCCUCGGUCAUUGUGGGUUUACAACAUGCGGAAGACAUAUAAUGCAUCGCGUGGCUGGAUACUACCUCGUCGUUAUCAUGAAUCUCAUGAAGUUGAUCCUCGGCUCGGUUCGCGCAAUACUGAUACAUUCAAUCAUAUCGUACACAACAUGUACGCUGACUUCAACGAAGAGCAAGGUACCACUGGUGAGGAUGAGGAUGAGGAGGAGGAGGAGGAAGACGAUGUUAGAAGGGGAAAAAGAUUUCGAGUAGAAGGAUUUUGA